GAUAGGUUCAAGGAUGGCCUUAAAUCAUUGGAAGCAAAAAGCCAUAGCCAAAGAAUCCAUCGAACAGUCGCAUUCCACCACCCACCCAGAGAACAAGAUGGCAUCCUCCUCAUUUCCAUUCGCCAUCUCCGCUCUCUCCCUCCUCCUCCUCGCCGCCGGCGGCGCCGCCGAUCCGAGCCCGACCCGAGCCCGACCGGGGACGGGCGAGACCGACCCGACCCCGACCCCGUGGCCGCACCAGUUCCACUCGGUGCUGGUCAUGAACUACACGGGCACGCUCCAGCUGAUCGACCUCUGGUACGACUGGCCCAACGGGCGCAACUUCAACAUCGUCCGGGACCAGCUCUCGGCCUCCCUCCUGUACGACCUCGAGUGGGACAACGGCACCUCCUUCUUCUACACCCUCGACGGCGCCUCCCCGAGCUGCCGCACCGCCCAGCUCGAGGUCGGGAUACUCCGCCCCGGCUGGCUCGAGGGGGCGAGCUACCUGGGCCGGCGCCGCGUCGACGGGUUCCUCUGCGACGGGUGGGAGAAGGCCGACUUCAUCCGGUACUACGAAGACGUCGACACCAAGAGGCCCGUCUACUGGCGUUUCUACACUGGGAGAGAAGCUCACGUGAUGACGUUCGAAGUCGGAGCUGCGCUCGAGGACGCCAAGUGGCAGGCCCCUGCUUACUGCUUCGACCAGGAAGAAGUGGAAGAAGAUGAAGUGGAGGUGAGAGGAGGUUCUGCUAUUCUCUGAAACGUGCAAAAGCUCUUGUUUUGAUCCCCUUUUCUCGGUACUCUCUAGCUGUUUCAAAAAGGCUAAUAAUGAUCAAUUCACGAACCAUCAGCAGUUUCAGUUCUGUGACUAA